CUGGCGCUGGCUCAAACCAAACAGACCCAUAUUCACAGCCCGUCCGAUCCACAUCUUCAAGUCGCCUACUCUCCCACUGUCCCCGAAUCUCUCACCCGAGAGGGGAAAACCCGAAACUACAAAAAUCUCGCCGCCGACCAUCGCCACAGCGACGGCCAUGUCGGUGGACGCCCCCGUCCCGACGCUGCGUCCGGAGGAGCGGGCAGGCCUCCUGGCGCUGCUCGCAUCCGCUGCGCGCCCGCUGGCCGACGUUGUAGCCGACUUCCUCGCGCGCUUCCCCCGCGAGCGCCGCCUCCGCGUCGGCGGUACGCUCUGCUUCCUCCUAGAGGACAAGAAAAUGCUUCAUGCAACCGGUCGUCUAAUCGCAUUUGCAAUUCUUCAUCAGAGCUAUUCCUCACAGCCAGUAAAUCCCUAUGUUCCUCUGCUGUUAAAUGCAGCUUGUGAUGAAUCAUCAGAUAAAUCAGAACAAGCAUUUGUCCAACUUUUGUUGACUUCAGCCAGCGGAGACAAUAACAAUGAGGUGCUGCAAAAGUCAGCUGUAGAUUACGUAAAUGGGCCUGUUGCUGCAUCACAGGCCUUAUUGCCACGGGAACAGCUUGAGAAGCAAUUCUGCAGGAGUAUUGUACAGCCUCAGCCUCAAGUUAGUAGUUUCAGAAGCGCUACUGUUAGAUGCGCUAUACCAGAUCCAGAUAUACCUCAGAGUCGUGCCAAUUCAUCAGAGAUAUCAGCGCCUGGAAGCAAACAAAAGUCUACUUCUGAUGAUAGAGAUUCUGCUCUUGUUGCUUUACUCCAAGAAAAAUCAUGGGGAAGACUGGGUCCCCAAUGGAUAAGGCCGAACCCCCCAAGACUUCAUAUACUUGACGGGGAGCUACAGUGGCUGAAUCCUGACAACAAUCAUGAGCUAUUAUGGGAUUAUAGCAUGUGUGCUGAAACGAGUCGUGGGGCUGCGAUCCGUGAUUUGAUUGCCAGAGCCUUAAAAGGUCCACUUGUACCUGCUCAACAGGAGCAAGUUGUUAUAGAAUUGGUGAAGGACUCUAAGCUAGUCUAUCACUGUGGGAUGACUCCACAGAAACUUCCAGACCUUGUUGAGCAUAAUCCACUCAUUGCUGUAGAGCUUCUUUCGAAGCUUAUGAACUCUCCUGACAUUGCAGGUUAUUUUGAUGUUCUUGUGCACAUGGAGAUGAGCCUGCAUUCGAUGGAAGUUGUAAACAGACUUACUACUGCGGUUGAACUCCCGACAGGAUUUGUCCACGAAUACAUCUCAAAUUGUAUUCAAUCUUGUCAAAACAUUAAGGAUAAGUACAUGCAGAACAGACUGGUGAGAUUGGUUUGUGUUUUCCUCCAGAGCCUCAUCCGAAAUCAGAUUAUUAACGUUCAAGAUCUUUUCAUUGAGGUACAGGCAUUCUGCAUAGAGUUCUCACGAAUAAGGGAAGCGGCUGGCUUAUUCCGUCUGCUCAAAUCUUUGGAGUGAAGAAACAAGUUGAACGGAGGGAGUACAUCUUGAUUCUCGUAGUCUCAGCUGACUUCGUAAUAUCAUGUUGUUCAGUAUCCAAGUUUCCAUGAUUCUGUCCUUUGGAACUUCAUGAGCUGUGGCAAUAUCAAGUGAUAAAUACUCUGUUUUUCCUCAAUUCCAACUAUCAGAUAAGCUGGUGGUGUCAUUAUCAAACGUUUGGAGUUUCUGGUUCAUCGUAGUUGUCUGGCCACUGUGGGUGUUCAAGAUCAGAUGAUGUGUGUCAAUUCUUGCAAAAUCCGUGGCACCCUUGCCACGACAAUGCACACCCUUGUAAGAGUGGAUAAAAAGGGUCGCCAAUAGCAAAUCCAGAUGGUACACUAUUUGUGGUUGGUCUACAUUUAGUUCUGUUUGUAUACUUGCGUUGUAUGUUGACGGAUAAUAGAUGCAUGUUUUGGUCUAUUCUUUUGUAUCCAUGUAAUCGGAACAAUACCUGAUCUGUUUAUUGUAGUCUGUUUUAUUUGGUUCAA